AUGUCUACCCACAACCACACUCACUCUGGUGUGCUGACCUUCCUCCUUCCCAGCCUCCCAGGGCCAGGGGGCUCAGGACUCCUCACCAUCCUUGGUUUGACCUAUAGCACCACCCUUCUGGGAAAUGGUCUGAUCCUCCUCACCAUCUGUGCUAACACCUACCUGCACCAACCUCAGUUCUUGCUACUGGCUCUGUUGGCCACUACAGACCUUGGUCUGGCCCUUUCUAUGCUGCCCACCAUUCUGGAUGCUCUGUGGUUCCCAGCCCCUACUAUCACUAGGGAUGUAUGCCUCCUCCAAAUGUGCUGCCUUUAUGCCAUCUCCACCGGGCAGUCCUCAGUGCUGCUGGCUAUGGCCUUGGAUCGUUGGCUAGCUGUGUGUCACCCUCUCUACUAUGUGGCCUUUCUUACCCCCAACCGCCUUGCCUGGACGAGCCUGGCUUUCAUUCUCCGGGCCACCAUCCCACUGCUACCUACACCCUUGCUGAUACCAUCCUGCAACGCUCAUAAUCUCUCCCUCCCUUUCUGCUUCCCAACAGAAGUGCUGCAGUUAUCCUGUGGAGGACUAGGGUGGGCCUAUCCAGUUGUGACUAUGCUUACCACAGCCACUAUGGAUAUAGUCCUCAUUACCAUCUCCUAUAGUCUGGUGCUCCGGGAAGUGGUGCAGAGGAUAUCUCCUGCUGGGCAGCACAAAGCCCUAAGAACAUGCACUGCCCACCUUUGUGCCCUUCUUGUUUUUUAUGGACCUCUUUUUGCUUCAGUCCUAUUCCCUGGCUCACUUCCAGGAAGCUUAGCCUCUCUUGGUCUGCUUGCAUCCCCUGCCCUCCAUCCCCUUGUCUAUGGGAUACAAUCUCAUCGGCUCCGCCGUGGUCUGCUUGGUGUCCUUGGUUGCCCUUCAACCUCAAGGAUUGUUCCCAACCUAAAGAGGCCACGUCCCUAG